UAUUGGUGUCAUUUCACAAGUCAGAUUUUCAGACAUAUUUAGGCAGUUUGGCAGAAUAGUUUUUAAAAAUUUUGCACUUGUCACAAAAAUUUAAAUGUGAUAAAUCUACAAAAGCUGGGAAGUUUGUAUUAUACAAAGUACAAGGUUGAAUACUUAUGGAUAAUGUGUACAGACGACAUAUGGCAAAUUCAACAAACCAAACUCGAAGUCCAUUCGUAGAUUACGAUUAUCUAAUUAAAGUGGUCGUCGUGGGCGACUCGGGGGUUGGCAAAAGUCAACUAGUCGCUCGUUUUACAAGGAAUGAGUUUUCAACGAACAGUAGACAAACUAUUGGAGUCGAAUUCGCAACAAAAACAAUCAAAGUUGAAUCACGUAGCAUAUGUGCCCAACUAUGGGAUACGGCUGGAGAAGAAAGAUACCGCGCGCUUGCAUCGGCGUAUUACAGGGGGGCUGUGGGUGUUCUACUGGUCUAUGAUGUCACAAACAUGAAAUCGUACCAGAAUAUCGCACACUGGUUAUCAGAGAUUAAAGCUUAUACUCUCCCAACAUGCCAGGUUCUAAUGGUGGGCAACAAGAUAGAUCUUAAAGGUGUCAGAAAAAUCACAGAACCGCAAGCUAAGACUUUUGCCAGCAGUAACGGGAUGAAAUACGUUGAAACAUCGGCAUUAGAAUGCACAAACGUUGCCGAUUCAUUCACUACAUUGGUCCAUGGGAUUUAUAAAAACACAAUCGAGGCAAAAUUGAACAGGAAUAAUUAUGACGACGCACGUAACACGAACAAAGCAUCUGCUGUGCUGGAAUUAACAUCCGAAUCAACGACAAUGAAAUAUCGCGCAAAAUGUUGCGGCACAACCUGAAGCGAACUACUUUUUUCUAAUGCGUAUAAUGGCUUAUUAAGGUGGCAUAGGCACCAAACCUGGGGUGGUAGGGUAGGCUGGCCUACCCCGCAAUUUUUUUGCACUGCAUUAAAAUUAAACAUAACAACGA